GUGCAGAAAGACUUAGCGGGUGCAAAACAAGACAUCUGUCUACUUUGUCUGUCUGUCUGUCUGUCUAUUUGUUUUGAGUUCACAGAGCAGGUUUUGGCGUAGCAGGUGUAUGUUAUGGCAUUUUCAAAUGUGUUUCAAUCAGGCCAUGUGCCUAGUGUUUUAGAACAAAUGUUGACAGAAAUAUCGUACCACAGGACUCGAGAAAUUUCCCAAUAUGCUAGAGAAGAUUCUGGCUUUGUACUUUUAAAUCCGACUACUUUUUGGACUGAUUUAUUUGUGCGUCAUUUUUUAUAUUAUUCUGAUGACAAAGUUCAUGAUGAUUUACUGUUCUUUGUUCGCAAGCACCAGAAAAGGACAUCGGCUCGAUAUAUUCCACAAUUCGAAACAGCAAUAGAAGUUUUUAGGAAAGAUUCUAGAAAGCUGCCAAUUGGUGAUACUGAUGUUGAUUGGGAAGAAACCCUAUACCUGAAUUUGAUUUUACAACAGUUUGAAUACACACUCACAUGUGCUGUCUGUACACGGACAAGUCCUAAAGAUUUACAGAUUCUUAAAAAAAAUUCACAGAGAGUAUAUGCAUCUCCAAGUAGGAGAAGUAUGGAUUGCAAAGGUGAAAUGGAAGAGAUAAGUUAUCCAAAUAUAUUUUUCACCGUUGACAAUUAUGAUGAGGUUUUUGAAGAUAUUUUGGUUCGAGAUGGUGAAAUUGUUUGUGUAGAGCUUGUAGCUGCAGACAAAGAAGGAGCUUUACAGACUGUCAUAUUUUUAGGUUCUAUUCAUUAUGAAGCUGUAAAAAGAGUUUAUGAUGCUAGGGCCAGUUUAUCAUCUCGGUUUGCACAGAAAGUAUCCCUGGGUUGGUAUCAAGGGCAGCAACGACUAGAAUUUGUCCAUAUGAGGGGACCGAAGGGAAAAGGACAUGCUGAAAUGGCAGUUACAAAACAGAAAGGUUCAGGUGUUGAAACACCUACUUCAGAACCUGGUUAUUCCAUUACAGAUUAUGAUUGGGAGGAUGUUGAA